AGCAAAUGAAAUCGAAAGUGUUCAGUGAGUCAGUCUCAGGAGCAGAUCAGGAAACUGCCGCUGUGUUGGAGCUUCACCUCUCAGACCAGAGAAGAUGAGUGAUCUGGAGGAAGACGAGGACAGAGCAGAGUCUCCAGUGUUCAGCUGGUUGUCCAUGAAGAGUGACCGGUCCAAAGGUGAAUCUCCAUUCUUCAGUCCUGAACCUGGACCCUCACACUCUGAACAAAGAUCAGAGUCUCCAGUGUUCAGCUGUGUGUCCAUGAAGAGUGACCGGUCCAAAGAUGAACCUCUGGACUUCAGUGGUGAACCUGGACCCUCACACUCUGAAGAGAAGAGGAGUCAUGUUUCUGAGGAGAAGCUGCCGUCCUGCUGUGCUUCUUGUCAGGACGUCCUGAAGGAUCCAGUCUCCACCAGCUGUGGACACUGGCUCUGCAGACGCUGCAUCACCUCAUACUGGGACCAGUCGGGUUCACCAGGAGAGUCCUCCUGUCCCCAGUGUGGACAAAGAUCCAGAACAGGACCUGGAGCUCAGACAGCAGCAGAUGGUGGUCUGCAGCAGGUUCUAGAUGAACAUAAGAUCAGUCUGAGGAGGAGAUGUGAAUGUGUGACUGAAGGAAGUGAUGACAGAGGAAGUGAAACCUUCCUCAACAGGAUCUUCACUGAGCUCUACAUCACAGAGGGACAGAGUGAAGAGGUCAAUACCCAACAUGAGGUGAGGCAGCUGGAGACGACUUCCAAGAAGAAGACCGUCCAUGAAACUCCCAUCAAGUGCCACGACAUCUUUAAAGUCGGACCCGACCAGCAGAGACGCAUCAGAGUCGUCCUGACGAACGGCGUCGCUGGCGUUGGAAAAACCUUCUCGGUGCAGAAGUUCACUCUGGACUGGGCCGAGGGUUUGGAAAACCAAGACGUCAGUCUGCUGAUUCUGCUUUCGUUCAGGGAGCUGAACCUGAUCAGAGACCAGCAGCACAGUCUUCUCACGCUGCUCCGUGUUUUCCAUCCAUCAUUACAGAAGGUCACAGAGGAGAAGCUCGCUGUCUGUAGACUGUUGUUCAUCUUUGACGGCCUGGAUGAAAGCCGACUUUCUCUGGAUUUCAACCACAGGGAGGUUGUGUCUGAUGUCACACAGAGCUCAUCAGUCAACGAGCUGCUGACGAACCUCAUCCAGGGGAAUCUGCUUCCCUCCGCUCUCGUCUGGAUAACCUCCCGACCUGCGGCGGCCAAUCAGAUCCCUUCUACUUGUGUUGACAGGGUGACAGAGGUACGAGGCUUCACCGACGCCCAGAAGGAGGAGUACUUCAGGAGAAGGUUCAGUGAUGAAGAGCUGUCCAGCAGAAUCAUCUCACACGUGAAGACGUCCAGGAGCCUCCACAUCAUGUGUCAAAUCCCAGUCUUCUGCUGGAUCAGUGCUACAGUUCUGGAGCACAUGUUGACCACAGACCAGAGAGAAGAGCUGCCCAAGACCCUGACUGACCUGUACUCACACUUCCUGCUGGUUCAGACACAGAGGAAGAAGAACAAGUAUCAUGAAGGACGUGAGACGAGGCCACAGGAGCUGACGGAGGUCGACAGGGAGGUUCUCCUGAAGCUGGGGAGGCUGGCGUUUGAACAUCUGCAGACAGGAAACAUCAUGUUCUACCAAGAAGACCUGGAGCGCUGUGGUCUUGACGUCACAGAGGCCUCGGUGUACUCAGGAGUUUGUACUGAGAUCUUCAGAAGAGAGAGUAUGAUCUUCCAGAAAACCGUCUACUGCUUUGUUCAUCUGAGCGUUCAGGAGUUUCUGGCUGCAGUCUACAUGUUCCACUGUGUCACCAACAGAAAAACAAAAGUACUGGAUGACUUCCUGGGAACAAAAUGGAUCAACACACAACAUCGACUGGAAGACUUCCUGAAGACGACCAUGGAGAAAUCCGUCGAAAGUCAAAAUGGCCACCUGGAUCUGUUUGUUCGCUUCCUUCACGGCCUCUCUCUGGAGUCCAACCAGAGACUCUUAAGAGGCCUGAUGGGUCGGACAGAGAACCAUCCAACGAUCAUCCAGAGAGUCAUCAACAAUUUGAAGAAGAUGAACAGUAAUAAAAUCUCUCCUGACAGAAGCAUCAACAUCUUCCACUGUCUGAUGGAGAUGAACGACCUCUCAGUACAUCAGGAGAUCCAAGAGUUCCUCAAGUCAGAGAACAGAUCAGAGAAGGAACUCUCUGAGAUCCACUGCUCUGCUCUGGCCUACAUGCUGCAGAUGUCAGAGGAGGUUCUGGUUGAGUUGGACCUGAACAAGUACAACACAUCAUUGGAGGGACGACGGAGACUGAUCCCAGCUGUGAGGAACUGCAGAACGGCUCGAUUUAUUCGCUGUGAACUCUCAGAGACUCACUGUGAAGUCGUGGCCUCAGCUCUGAAGUCCGACCCCUCCCACCUGACAGAACUGGACCUGACCCACAACUUCUCCCUGCAGGAUUCAGCAGUGAAGCUUCUGUCUGCUGGACUGGAGAGUCCACAUUGUCGACUGGAGACUCUGAGGUUGACUCACUGCAGUUUGUCAGAGAUCAGCUGUUCUUCUCUGGCCUCAGCUCUGAAGUCCAACCCCUCCCACCUGACAGAACUGGACCUGAGCCUCAACAAGCUGCAGGAUUCAGGAGUGAAGGAGCUGUGUGGUUUUCUGGAGAGUCCACACUGUCGACUGGAGACUCUGAGGUUGAAAUGGUGCAGUUUGUCAGAGAUCAGCUGUUCUUCUCUGGCCUCAGCUCUGAAGUCCAACUCCUCCCACCUGACAGAACUGGACCUGAGUGACAACAAGCUGCAGGAUUCAGGAGUGAAGGAGCUGUGUGGUUUUCUGGAGAGUUCACACUGUCGACUGGAGACUCUGGGGUUGAGGAGCUGCACUUUGUCAGAGAUCAGCUGUUCUUCUCUGGCCUCAGCUCUGAAGUCCAACCCCUCCCACCUGACAGAACUGGACCUGAGGGGAAACAACCUGCAGGAUUCAGGAGUGAAGAAGCUGUGUGAUCUUGUCCAGAGAGUCGUGUGUUGAGUCUGGAUCCAGUGAGAUCGGACCGAUGAAGAUGAUGAAGAGGAGAGCCCGACGUCCAGGCAGCCAUCUUCCCUGAGACUCCUCCCCUCCACCUGUGACCAGACGCUCUGACGCUCACCCUCUAUUGCACUGUACUCACAUGCACAUAUCUAUAACAAUUUGGGUUUUGUAGUGUAGUUUUGUGUGAAUGGCUCCGAUCUGGGAAAACUAUUCAUACGAUCAACUGUCCAACUUGUCAGAUCGUCUGACUUCUCAUGUUCCCAGAGCUCAGCUUCAACUUGUAAACUUAUUAUUCCUGACAAAUCAAAGUGACAAAAAUAGACCACAUUGUAAUACAGUAAGGUUUGGUUGUAGUCAUAAGACCUCCUUUAUUUCAGUUUUGGUCUUGCAUGUUUAAUGUUCCUCCAUCUGAAUGUUUCUUCACAGGACCUCAGGCAGUAUGAUGUCAUAGUGACCUUCUCAUCUGUGUCUCUGAUUGAAUAUUUUAAUCACCUGUAACACUACACUUGUAAUAUGUAUGGCCUUUGUCUGGGUAAUUACAUUAAAAUAUAUGUUUUGAUUCAGUUUCUAUUGAAACAUAAUGUGCUAAUAAAUGGAAGCAAAUCAAA